UUAGUUAUCUAUUCGUUUUAUAUUUUUUAAUUAUAGUUAGGCAUUCGUAAUUAUAAUUUCUUAUCAUAAAUGAUAAAAACAGACAAAAUAAUGCUAAUUAUUUUUUACUCAGUGAUUGGAUUGAGGUGGCAUAUCUAUGAUUUCAGGAAUAAACAUCAUUCUGUUUCGCUCUUUUUUGAUUAGUUAAGUAAAAGUAUGUUAUGUCUGUAGGCACGGUGCUUUCAUACUUAAAAUUCCGUAUUGUACGAGCAGGUUUCAUUUGGUUUCACUUAGUUCACAUAUCUCUCAACAGGUUGCGCUUGUAUCCAAAAUGACGUUUAGCCCGUAGAGAGUGGAACUGCGGAUAGGAAUUACGUUAGGUGAGAAAGUAGUGUGAAAGGUGUUUCGGUGCUGUGGGGAUGGGUCAAUGGUUGUGACGCGUGUGGUCUGUUAUAAUAUUUUUCAGUGCGUGAGGAAUUUGUGUUAAGUAAAUUGUGUUUGUGUUUCUAUUAAUGUUGAACAUAGAAGAUUUUGGUGAAGGGUGGUAUUGCUGUUCAUGCUUCGUGGAGAGAUUACAAAGGUUGCCUGAAGAGGGCUGCUCUUAGUUCUACUACUCGACCAAGGUGUGCAGAUAAUAUUGAGAAAAUGAAGCGGACCCAUGAAGCUGCUAACCCUGUCUGCCAGACAGACAGAAAACUGUACCAGCAGUUUGAAAGUUGAGGGGACAUGCCCUCCCCGUGGCCCCGCGAGGGGGCGGACGCCCCUCGACAGCGCCGCGGAGACUCGCCUCCCAGGAGCGCGUCCAUUUCCGACCUGAGAUUAGUGUUCGAGGCGAGGCGCCCCACCAAGGCAGGCGGUGUCCAGAAAGACAUGGAAGAGAAGAGACCGUCGAGACUAGUCGGUUCUAAAGUGUCGCAGAUCGCCAACAUAUUCCAGAGCAUGGCCCCCGCCAAGGAGACGGAGCUUCUGCUGAGCAGCACCGCGGUGCCCUUGAGGAACCACCAGCCGGCGUCGCCGAGGGCGGAGCGCCGUCGGACGGUCGCCGGGGGGGACGACCCGGGGCCCCAGAGGGAGUCCCCGGUGGUCACCGUGGUGCGAACGGAGAGCCACGUGGCGCGCUUCAACAACGCGCGCGCCCUCUUCGAGAAGCUGGGCUCCGAGGACAGCAAGGCCAAGCCCGCGCCGGGACAACUCCUCACGGCGUCCAGCCAGAACCUCCACUCCAGGUCCAGCUCCGACAAUUCCUCGGCAGGGACGUCCCCCGUGCGCGCGUCCCGCCCGCUCAGCUCCCGGUCGCCGUCUCCCCGCGUGGACAGGAGCCCCGUCGUCUCCAGCAACGGUUUCCUGGCAACCACGGAUGGCGAUCUCAGGAAGAAAGACUACAACGGCUUGGAGAGGAACGGUCUGAUCGAUGCCACAGACGAGGACAGCACGCCCGUCGCCACGAAGAUCCCCUCGAUACACGCGGCCGAGAAACUGAGGCAGACACGACCGGUCAGGCAGGUGGACGGCCACAAGACCAACGGCGUCGUGAAGUUCGGGGGCGAUGACCAGUCGAAGGAGCACAAGGCGCUGCAGCUGAACGCGACGCCCGCGAAGGCGGUCCCGCAGAAGCCUGAGAAGCCGGAUAAGCCGGAUAAGCCGGAUAAGCCGGAGAAGCCGGAGCGCAAGUUCAACAGCCGCGAGCUGAUCGAGAAGCAGCGCAACUGGACGUCCCACUUCUCCAAGUCGCGCGCGGCACGGUACAACAGCGACCCGAACAAGAGCGAGGUGCGGGUGGGCGUGGGCACCAGGAGGGACCCCCAGGUGGCGGUCGGCGUGGAGGGGGCCGCCCCGGCGACACGCAGCGCCUCGUUCAGCGCGACGAGGACACUGCGGUCGCCAGCCACCUCGCCGCCCCCUCCCCCGGGUCCGUCGCCUGCCGGCUCGCCCGUCGUCUCCGAGGAUAAGCUGGAGCGCGAGACCUGCCGGCUGUCUCCCUCGCCGACCCCCAGCUCCACGUCCCCCAGCACUUGUUCAGAAGAAAAGGAGUCACAGCUUGUAUCCCUACAAGGAGCUAUUAGCAGCACUUCCUCAUCUCCUCUCUCCCCAGGGAGGAGCGGCGACAGCAGCGACGGCGAGAAGCGGGCCCGGGAGGAGGACUCGGGGGAGGUGAGGCGGGACGUGGCCCACGUGGAGAAGCGCACCAAGAUGGUGUCGUCCGUCCAGCUCACGCUGCAGGCGUCGCGGCCCGCCUCCGCCCCCGGGGACGACCCCCCGCCGGGCGGCGAGCAGCCGGCCAUCACCAACUCCGUGCUCCGGGAGCUGGAGAGCGACAGCACGGACCACACGGCGCUGCUGCCCGCCGACAAGUACACCGAGUUCACCACCGACGGAUUCUCCGCGUGCGUCGACAAGGUCCAAGUGUCCCCGGGUUCUGGCAAGUAUCCCUUCCAGUUGGACGACGGUCACAAGAUCGUGGACAAGGGAGGUGGGGCGGCCUCCUCCUCACCCGAGAGCGAGUCUCGGGAAGACGGCGGUCUCCAGCGGGAAGUCGGGGACGGGAACUGCUCGGGGCGCGAUGAAGAACCGCCGGCCCGAGGAGUCGACGCGGGUAUCGUGACCGCGUUCAUCGAGAGCGAGAGGCACCACGCGGAUAGGGCCUCGCCGUGCGUCGCGUCGCCUAGGACGAGCGUGCCCAGAGACUCCGUGGACGUCAUCGGCGGGAGUGAGCAAGUGGCGUCUCCGGCAGAGCUCUCCCCUAACCUGCCGGCGCUGUCACCUGCUGCUCUAGGGGCUGUGCCCCAGGGGUGGGGGUCGGCCUCCAGCGCGGAGAUGGCCUCCCCGUCCGCGGACGACUCCAUGAGAGCCUCGUCUUCCGUGGCGAGCAUCCUGGACCUGCAAGACGUGGAGUACGCAGAUGCAGAUGCGGAAGACGGCGACGACGAAGCGGAGAGAGACGACUUCGUGGUCCAGGAACCGCUGAAGCAGUCUUUCCAGGUGGCGGAUGCCGUGAGUGUCCCGGGACCCGCCGCUGGGUUUGAGCCCGACAGCCUCACCGUCGUCGCGGACGCCCCCGACACCAUGACCCCGGACGAGGCGGAGAACCUGCUGAGCUCCAGAAUUCUGGAAAAGAAAAUACGACAGGAAUCUCUUCUGUCAGACGAAGAGGCGCACGAAGUGACGCGAUUGCUCUCGCCGACCGAUGACAAAGAGCACGAGGAUCCUGAUUGGUUAGCCGACGUCCUCUCGUGCACUAGUGACUCUUUACUGCAAGAAUCCACGCUGGACUACAGGUCCCGCAGCGAGCUCAGCGUCACGAUGGAGGACUCGCUGACCUCCAGCCACGCCUGCUCGCGCUCGGGCUCCGAGUUUGGCCUGCUGGGGUCCGUCAGCAGCCUCAACGACGGGGAGCCCGACCCCGACUGCCGGCGGGACGACGCCACGCCGCAGCCGGGCCGAGUGGUGGUGGUGGAGAACGGGGUUCACUACUUCGAGGAUGGCCACUUCUGGAUGGAGGUCCCCGGCCUGCCGGAGUCGGAGGAGGAGGACGACCUGGACUUCCCGGUGGCGGUGAAGAAGAGCAGCCGGGUGACCUUCAGCACGGGGCCCAUCAAGGUGUACAGCACGUUCUCGGUGACGGACUACGACCGCCGGAACGAGGACGUGGACCCCGUCGCCGCCUCGGCGGAGUACGAGCUGGAGAAGAGGGUCGAGAAGAUGGAGGUGUUCCCCGUGGAGCUGACCAAGGGACCGGAGGGUCUCGGCCUCAGCAUCAUAGGAAUGGGCGUGGGUGCCGACGCGGGCCUGGAGAAGCUCGGCAUUUUCGUGAAAACCAUCACGGACCUAGGAGCUGCGGCCAGGGACAGCAGAAUACAGGUCAACGACCAGAUAAUCGAGGUGGACGGCAAGUCGCUGGUCGGGGUGACGCAGGCGUACGCUGCGUCGGUCCUUCGCAACACGUGUGGCCUCGUCAAGUUCCUGAUUGGCCGGGAGCGGGACCCGGAGAACAGCGAAGUGGCGCAGCUCAUCAAGCAGUCGUUGCAAAGCGUGACGCAGGCGGACCGGGAGCGAGAGGAGCAGCGCCGGCAGGCGGAGCAGCCGGCCCGGGGGGCGGCGUCCCCGGACAGCAGCGCCACGCUGCCCCUCUCCGGCACCUCGCCCACCGCCUCCUCCUCCUCCUCCUCCUCCUCCUCGGAGGGGGGGCUCGCCUCGCCCCCGGACGCCGGCGGCGGCAGCGUGUUCGAGCGGGACGACGCCUCGCCGCAGUCCCCGGGCCCCGGCGAGGCCGACGCCAUCCGCGCGCUCCUGCAGGAGACUCAGUUGAAAGAUGGAGAAAUAUCGAGACUGAAAGCGCAGCUGGCCGAGCUGGAGCGGAGCGGCGCGGGCCGGGAGGAGAUGAUGGAGAAGCUGCAGCAGGCCAGCGCGAAGCUUCGCGAGGCCGAGCGGGGGCUUCACUCCGCCAGGAAGGACGCGUCCGCCUACCAGGACAUGCUGGAGCAGUCGCAGGGGCAGUACGCGGCGCUGGAGCGGAAGUACGGCAAGGCCAAGAAGCUGCUGCGGGAGUUCCAGCAGCGGGAGCAGGACUUGAUCCACCGCGAGGAGUUCCACCUGCAGCUGCUGCAAGAGAAGGACACGGAGUACAACGCCUUGGUCAAGACCCUCAAAGACAGGGUGAUUCAGCUGGAGCAGGAACUACUGGAGACGCAGAGGAAGGCCGGCUUCCCCGCAGUCCUGCCGUAUGACAACUCGAGUCUCCGCCAGCUCACGCCCCAGCUCUCCCGCAGGCACCAGCCUCCUCCGGUGAAACCACUGUUGCAACAGUUGGAGACGGAACUGUCGGACACUGAAAUAUCAGAUAUUAGCCCUGAAGAUGGAGAUAAGACUGCUACGGUAGAGAGAAAGAUGCCCGUGAAGGAGGAGCUGGACCGGGCCGUGCCGCCCCACGAGCUGCUAGACGUGUCCGCCUCCAAGGCCAAGGCGGAGCUGGCGACCCGCGGGGGGCUGGCCGGCCGCCAGCUGCCCUCGGGGAAGAAGGGCAGCGGUGGUCUCAGCUCCAGCAGCUCUGACUACGGGCUGGACGAGAGCCGCGACGGCUCGGGCGACGAGGAAUCGGACAAGCGCCGCCUCUACAUCGAGUACGCGGCGCGUGAGGAGCCGCCCUCGCGCGUGCAUGGCCUGGUGUCGCAGUUCUCGGCGGCGGGGGCGGCCCUGUACGCCCCCGCCGCCCCCCUGCCCCACCCCCACCACCCGCACCGCCGCCAGCCCGCCCCCUCCCUGGCGGGGCCGCCCCCCUCGCUGGCGGAGCAGCUGCGGCAGGUGCUGGCGGAGCGGGAGCGGCGGGCCUCGGGGGCCGGCCCCCGGGACGACCUGGCCGAGGGCUGCAAGGGGGUGUCUCAGCAGCUGGCCGAGGAGAUACGGCAGGCCGUCAGCGAGGCCAACGCCCGAGUGAAGAAGGUGAGCCCGCAGACGCUCCUGCCGCCCGCCACCCAGGCGCCCUGGCAGCCCCAGGCCUCGCCCUUGCGGGACGGGGGGCCGCCGUCCCCGUCCGUGUCGUCGUCGGGGAGCGUGUCGUCGGGCGUGACGACGGCCGACCCCAGCCCCAGCCGGCCUGUCGCGACAGAUGCGGCCGAUAUCUGGUCACCGCCGCACCCCCAGGACCUCGGCUCGGGGUUCUCCGCGGAGAAGAAGGGGUCCCACUACUGGCAGAGCGCGCCCAUCAACGAUUGGUCCGUGGAACAGUGUGUCGGGGUGUCGCCGGCAGGUGUGCCAGUGGCUGCUGGCGCUGGGGCUGGAGCAGCUGACGCCUGGGUUCCGGGAGCGCCAGGUGGGCGGCGCGGCGCUGCUGCAGCUCGACUCGCGGGACCUGAAGGCGCUGGGCGCGGCGGGCGACGACAAGGCGCGUCUCAAGCGCAAGCUCAAGGAUCUGCGCGCGCAGGUGGAAAAGGAGCGGCGCCAGGCCGACAAGGAGCGCAAGGAGAAGGAGCGGCUGCAGCGCAAGGCCGAGAAGCUGGCCGAGAAGGCGAGCAAGCGCAAGUAACCGAGCUUCGAGCUUCCCCUUCCCGCCCCGACGUCGGCCGGUGCAGUGAUCGGCGACCUACACCGAUGUGAACAACCGCAGUGCAAGGUCUCCACAAAUUCAGUAUUUCCAAGUGAUCCUACAUAAUUAUUUAUUAUAAAUAUUUUUUGGUAGUUGACAAAAAAAAAGCUAUUUUACUGCAUAAAUAUUUGUGCAUAGCACACAACACACAUUAUGCCUUUGACUAACUAACAAAACACAACAUUCAAGUAAAGCCUUAAAAAUUACAGUAGAAUUUUGGAGUAAAAGGUACCUAUGGAACCAUAAACAGGUUAAUAGUAAAGUUGGGUAGCACCGGAAUGGAGGAAAAUUAUUGUUUAUUUUUUUCGUGGUUUUGAUAUGUUUAUGUAUUGGUUGAAAAUAAUUAUGUCGGAAAUUCAUAAAGUUUGAGAAUAUCGGCUGAUACAAUGCUAAAACCAUUUUUCUGGUACCUCACUAAUGUCUGGUAUUAAGUACGAUAAUGAUAGUGCAAGCAUUAAAAGUGACGAUAAAAAAAAAACCAGCAAAAUUACUCCAGUUUUCAAACACAUGGCAAGUUUUUUUUUGUCAUUUUUUUUCCCCACAUUGUGUAAUGUCUGCACUAUUGUUAUAAUACAUAAUAUUAGCCUCUCAUUAGUAUUUUUUUCUCUAUUUCUGAAACAUAUCUGAAUGUCAGGUAAUAUUUUAACAGAUAUAAUAGUACAUAUAUUAUAUAGUAUAUAGUAUAGUGCACUUCUCCCACUGGUAACAUCCACUUUUUUUUUUUUGUUUGACAGCUGAAUAUUCCUCCAUUGUGUGUGAGAAUAGAAUACUGGUAAAUGGUUGGCUGGCCUAGUUAUUUAUAUUUAAAAAAAAAAAACUACUUCAUUAUAUUUUAUGAACUAAUUUGUUUGGUAUAACAUUUAAGUUCCUUCGUGAGGAUCUGUAAAAAUAACCUGCACUUGUUCAUUGGAUAUAAUAUAUUUAAAUGCUCGAGUUAACUUUUAUUGAAACUCUGGACAUAGUAAAGUGACGCGAGGGGUUAUGCCCUCAACAACGCACCAGUUGUGACCAUCAUGAUUGCGAUGUUGGCGGUUCCGUCUGCAAACAAGCCUUUCAAUGUUGGGACUCGAAAAAUUUUGACUGUGUGGCUUGUGCGCAUUAGUGUGUGGAAGUAACAACUGUAGAGAAAAAAAUUCCUCAAGACUUUGUAUUUUUCUCUGCACAUGCGUACGUCAUGCUGCACAAACGUGAACAAAAACCAUUUGUGAGAUUCCUAGACAAUACUGAUAACCACGCACUGAGGAAUACUAAGUUAUUUGACUUUCGAGAUUAUGUACAUACAUUCGUCAAUUUUUUACAUGAGUGAUAGUGAGGAUAGUGUGAUGUGCUCUCUAUCCAUUUCAGUAUUUGUUUUCUUGUGUAUGAUAAAAGGUACAGUAUUGUAUGUGAUAGAAUUUUAAUUUGUUAUGUGCUGUACUCAGAACAUUAUUCCUUUCCCCGCGGGGAGGAGUUUUAUUGGAUUCGUUGCAUGCACUGUAAUAUAUUGAGUUACUUUGUUAACGAUAUUGUUACAUACUUUUUGAUUUCAGCAUGGUAGCUACCUUUCUAUCAUUUGAGUAGCUGUAAUGUAUUUUGUAAAAUAACCCUGGGAGUGACAUUUGGGUAUUUCAUAUGUUGUUCCUUUGCAAAGCCUUAACAUUUCUCUUCUAUAUCAACAUAUUGUAGUCAUCGCAUAUACAAUAUAUCUAACUAAAACUGUUUCAGUGCAAUGUGUUGGUGUGAUACUGUAUGUUGUGGUAACUGUAAUUUUUAUUUUUUUGUGGUUUGCGCAGUGGGGUUGUGCUGGAGCACGUCUUGUAAAACUCUGAUGUGCUCCAUCAGGUCAUGACAAUAAGUUUUUUUUUCUAGUCUCUUGUGUUUUUUUAAUCAUUGCUAAACUUGUUCCUUUGACUGGCUGCUAUUUAUUCCAAGAGCGUAUUGAAUUUUGAGUCUGUUUUGGAUGCAAUUCAUUCUAAAUCUAUCUUCUUUGAUUCUUCUGCAUUUUUUCUACUUAAUCAACUGCAAUAUAUUUAAGAGGAACUUAAAAAUAAAUUUAUAUAAUCUGUUCUGUGUAUAUGUAAAUUCAGUAGUGUUUCUGUAUAUGAAUUUUUUUUUUUACUUGGAGUCAUUUAUAAAUGGUGCUCUUGCAUUAUGUUUAGAAAAUGUUUAUUUUUUCGAGCUACAAUUUUGUGUGUUUUUUUACCAGUGCUGAUUUUUUUGUUUAAAUGGUGUUAGGGGAGAGUUCUGUGACAGAAUUGUUAUAAUGCUUACUUUUUUAAAAAAAACUUUAACUAAGAAUAUAUGUUUAUUUUAUAAAGUAUUAUUGACACUUUAUUUAACAAAUUUGUGACUACAUUUUCAAUUUUUAAUUUCUUUUGGAGUCAACAGAUUUUCCAUGUUUAAAAUGCUGUCUUGCUUAAAUAAGGAGACACGACCUUGUUAAACAGUUCAAUCUCAGCGGACAGAGAUGGGGUCAUAACCGAGACUUCUGUUAUGCAUUACCAGUUUACAUAUAUGUGUUUAUGGUAUAUGAGGGUGGUAUUUUUUCUAACAAUUUUUCUUUACAUAAGUCUGAACAAAAUGAUAUGAUGUAUUGCGAUAAAACAGAAAUAACACAGAAUUAGGCCUUUUUGGUUUCGCUUCGAUUUUACAUCAAGAACCUCCGUUCUAUGUCCCAGUUCUGUUCUUAUAAAGAAAAAAAAACUUAAUGCUUUACUAACUGCUACGAAUAAGGUUAACUGAAUACUUAUUUCAUUAUUAAAAAAAAAUCAAAAACACACUCUUUGCAUUAGCCUAAAACUUUUUUUUUUUUAUGCAUUUUUAAGCUUAGGUCAAACCUUAGAAUAGGUAGGCUAACUGUUGCUGGAGUCAAAAUUCUUAUAGCGAAGACACAUUCUAACCAAGACUUGAGAAGUCUGUUUCUGGUCGGAUAUUUCAAAGUAACAUACUGGAACCAAAAAUCGGGGAACCGCACAGGCCUACACAGAAUGCAUGUUAAUGCACUGUUUUUUUUUUGUGCAUAAUUCAUGAUAUAAAACACAUUUCAAACAAAACAUUACUACUUAGAUUGAUAAAAUUUGGUUCUUUAACAUAUAAAUUCAAGCUAUAUGAUUUUAGUUUGUUGCGUAUAGCCAAAUUAUUGGGUGAAGUUGAUUGCAGAUAAUAUAGUUUUAUAUAUAUAUAUAUAUAUAUAUAUAUAUAUAUAUAUAGACACACACACACACACACACACACACAGAGUAAGUCCUCGGUUUACGUCGGGGUUACGUUCCUGAAAACCGCGACGUAAAUAGAAACGACGCAAAAUGAGCCAUGUUUCAUGCCACCGGCCGGCCACGGCCCAAGGUCGGCCGGAAGCGCUGGCAUACAGACGUGACAACGGGCAAUUUUAUCAGCAAAUUACAACCGACAGCGUGGGAAACAAGUCCAACUAGUACUUCUCAGCUUUAUAGAAUGGUUAUUUAACCAGCUGCUUUAUUACCUUUAUUGAUUGAAAUAUAAAAACAGAUAUAUAGUCGUUUGGAAGACAUCUUAUGAAGAAAAAAUCAUAAAUUGCAGUGAGCUGAUACUGUAGGCCUACUACAAACGCAUUUAAUCACGAUAAAGUUAACAACGGCACGUUUAAAACUCCGGCUAACUCAAUGAUAUCAUAGCGACUGAAGUGUAGAGCUGUAGCAAACCGUAUGUAUUCGUUACUGAGUAACGGGUGCGGCAUCUAGUAACGAGUAACGAAACUUUACACACGAAUGCAUUUCGUUACUCGCAUUUUUCAUAUGUUUUACGCAUGCGCGCACUUAUUCGUUACAAAGAACGAUGUUUGUUUAUUAAGAAAAGUAUAAUUUGGAAAUUCGUCAUCCAAGUUUUUUACUGUUUAUUAAAGGUAUUGUGUGUGUAGACAAAGUUUGAGAUUGGAACAGAAACAACAUAAGAAAGUAUUUUUUACAAAUUAUAAAUAUGUAUGUAUGUUUUUGUUUUUUUAUUAUCGCGUAUUUUCACGUUUUUUGUUCUUAUCUUAAAAGAGAUAUUAUAAUAAAGCUGCUCUAAUGAGAUUUUAUUGUUUCUUGGUUAACAAAAGCUGUUAAUUAUCAAAUACUUUUAAUUGUUUAUAUUCGAUUUAUUAUUAUUUACGCGACGUCAUACUGUACGCGUACGAAAUACGACUCGAUUCGUUGCUGUUACAUAACAUAGCAUGUUAUGCGGUAUCAGAAGUAACGAGAAACGAUACGAAAGUAACGAGUACUAAUUGUUAUAGUAACGAAUACAUACGGGUACACUUUUUUUAGUUACUUUUACACCUCUACUGAAGUGCCAAGGAGUUGGACGAAAAGGGGUAGGAGAAAAUGCUGUGUCGUUGCGGGAAGUAGAUAACACUUCUACGUGCGAGAUACGUGGGUGGCCGAGCGGGCGGGCUGGUAGUAUUGCAUCACCGCGCGGAGAGCAGCGGAGAGCAGGAAGCGUCCCUCAUGAUGGAUAAGAUAAAGCGGUGAACGUGUAGCUUACGCUACAUAGCAUAAAUUAACUACCGAAGGAAACAAAGAAUUAUAAACGAAUUAUAUACGGUUUUUUGGUUAAAAUAAAGAUCUACGGUCAUUGUAAAAGACGUUAUUGUGAAUCGGCGACAACUUAAAUUGAAACAUGAGUACUCAAACAUUAGCGACGUUAAUCCGAAACGACGUAAAUCGGUACGACGUAAAUAGAGGACUUACUGUAUAUAAAAGGAUUGACUGAUUUUGAUACAUAUUUAAGAAAAACAAAUACAAAUUUUUAGUAGUGAUUUGUCAGUCCUGGUGAUGGAAAGAUAAGACCGGCAGUUAUAAUUGAACCAUAAACAAAAGAUUCUUUGUGAAGAGAUUUCGAUCCUGCAGACCUAAUGAAAAAUAUCACAGGCUAAAUAUACUUUUAAUUUUAAUACUUAUUUUAAAAAUGGCAAGCUACCGCGACUUAAAGUUGUCUAAUACUCAUUAACUUUAGGUAUUUACUGCUCUUUGGCAGCCCUACAUCACUUAUUUUAAACUCAACCGACAUAUCAUGUGUUAAUACAUAUACUCUUUUAACAGACCUCUGAAAAUGGCAAAAAAGUUUCUUUUCAAAUUAAGUUUUUUUGUCGUGAAAUGCCUUAAAUGUUCUUGAAAGCACCCAAGGGCCUUGCAGUAAACCUUUUUAUCAUCAUUUCACCGCCAUCUGAUAUGGUCACCGUUCAGAUCUCACAGUUGUCCUGUGACGACGAGAAGACUGCGCGCCAGUCCAGAGGAGACACCGCGCUAGAAGCACCAGCGAGAGUUGCACUUAUUAUCCUGCCUCACUAACACAGAUACACCUCUGACUAGGCGGGCUGCUUAUAGACACUUUUUUUUAACAACACAUCAUUCUUUAUCAACAGUUUAGUUUGUAAUGAAUGCACGUUCAUUUUUGCACAAGAUAAGCAAGCACUGGUUUAUUUCCCCAGCCUGGCUCCAAGUACAAGCGGAAAACGCAAAGAUAGCAUGAAGCGGACAGCAGACAAUGGAUGACACCAUCAAAGAGUGUAGAAAAGUAUGAUUCAUCUAGAUUUUUUAAAAAUUUUGUUGUGUUAUUGAAAUAACGUAUUUGAAUAACUGAUUCAGAAUCUAAAUAAAUAUGCAAUUCAUACCUCCUAAAAGUAGGAGAAUCGAUGGUCCCAUUGAAUAUUUGCCCUUGCUUGAUACGCAGGUAGCCCUUUCGUAUUUCAAACAUUUAAAAAUAUCUAUCAUGAUUAAAUAUUUUUUACCGUAUUUUUAUUUUAUCAUGUUGGAUGUCACAUUGUCUUCCGCACAAAUAGUGUCUGUUUAGUAAUUAUGACUGGUCUUAUAGCCAUUCUUAGAAGAAAAAAAAUGUGAGGGCUUCUAAGUCAUAGUUGUCCGUCUGUAUAUUUUUCUUGCUUUGUAAAAAGUACAAUUUUAAGUUUUUCCAGGUACUUGUUAGUUUCUGUAUGCGUGCAUUUGUAAUCCCGUGUUGUUAUUUUGGGUUAAAAACAGCAUGAAGGGUUUACCUGAAUUUAAUAAGCUAAAGGUAAGGCACACUGUAUUGCUGGGAGUGUUUUUUUUUUUUUAGCUGUACUGUUGAAGGUGUGAACCUGUGUGAGUCUCAGCUCAGAAUCCAGAGAUUGAAGUGUUUCAGAGGAGACAUAAAUUAGGAAAAUGUUGCCGGUGUUAAGCAUUCUUUUACCUCACUUAUCAAUGAAAAAACCACACUGUGUUAUUGUAAAAAUCCUCCUUUUUGUCACAUAGUGAAGCAUUAGUUUGAGUACCAUAGUGAUAGUCAUUUUUAUCCACCUUGACAGAAGUCUUAUUAAUUAAUUAAAAUCGUUUAACAUACUGGACGUAUAAACAAAACUACCCCUAAAUUUAAUUCUUAGUUAAUCGGUAUCAAAAAUAUGUUUUGUCAGUUUUAAUUUCUAUGAGUAGGUACCUACUUUGCAACAAAACAGUGCAAUUCACCCAACUGUACACAAUACCAUGUUUUUUUUCCUCCUUCCGAACAGAAAUCCCAUGUAUGCAUAAGAAUAUUUAUUUUCAUUACGUUUGUUGAAAUCAUUUACAUAGAUUUUUUUUGUGUAUGUAACAAAUGCAAUUUGUAAUCUUGUUAAUAUCUGAUGUUCAAAAAUAGUCCUUCCUUUAAUUUUUUUUUUAUUCAAAUCCAUUUGUUUAUUAUGCAUUCUGAGAAGAUUUAAUAUGUGUAGGUGGGUGAGAUAAUUAUGCAGCAUAUGGUUUUGCGUGUAUAAAUACAACACAAAUUGUGGUGCCAAAUGGUGUUUUUUUUAAGUACUUUGUUUUUAUAUUUUGGGCAUAUUAUUUAUUAUGGUUGAGUGUUCUUAUAAUAAUACAUUGAUGGCACUAAAACAGUAUGUAAUAUUUUUUUGAGCUAUGUAACUUGAUUUGUAUGCACAAAAUAUUCAAGUUACAGCCCUGUAAAAAUUGUAUAAUGUACAGUAAACUUGUGUUAUAAUAUUGUUUUAUAGUUGACAGCAGUGUUCUUUGGUUCAUUUUCAAAGCAGACCCUGCAGAAUUUCUGCAUUUUUAAGAACAAAUUUGUUUUCAUGCAUCUAUUUUAACACUAAAUACUGUAAUACAUUUAAGCUGCUAUGCAACGUACUGUCUGUGUGAGAAAGAGUAGCUAGAGGGUUGGCAGCUACCUGUAUUUCCAUAUUCUGUCAUUUUAGACAAUGAAACCUGUUUAUGAGUGCAUUUAUCGUGUUUGAUUUUACUAUUGUUCCAAGCAAAGUGAUUGUGCUGUGUGUUAGUUAAAUACUAGAGAAUAAAUGUUGUGAAUUUUGGCAUGUUGUCUGAGAAGAAAAUAAACAUAGAAUGCAGAAACUUUUUUACAUACUAGGUUAUGGACUACUGAACUUUGGUCUUUUCUAUCAUCAACUUAACCUUGUAUUACAUUUAUUAAGAAGUAGUACUUACAUACCCUUCGCUGAAACUGGAAGGUGUGUAGAGUCAUGAACCUAACUUAAGUGAGCUACUUACUUAACUGAAUAAGCAAAUACAUAGUUCAAUUGUCUGUUGAUAAGUUAAACGUAAACCUGAUGUUUCAGAUAACUUUUCUAGGAGAAGGCGAAACUCAUGAAAUAUUCUCGUGAUUGUGCUAGGUGAGUCACUCCAUUGCCAUAGUUCAUAAAAAAAAAAAACUUGAGAAUAUCCAAGUAUUCUUGUAUCAAUUUUUGCUUGAUCAAAAUGCAAGUAAAGGAAUUGUUUCAGAUGAAA